AUGAUCUCUUCUCGCGCCUUCUGCAGGUGCGGCCAACCUGAUACUCGAACUUGUCAAGAGACUGCAGCAGCAGCGGAAGCAGCAGCAGCGGAAGCAGCAGCAGCGGGAGCAGCAGCAGCAGAAACCUCAUUGAAAAGAACAGCCUCAAUAGCUUCAGCAGGUGUGCGCGGUCGGAGUGUGACGUGGAGGCGCAGAAACGCAGCUUGCGGCAGCAGCAGCAACGAGAGCAGCUGCAGCAGCAGCAGCAGCAGCAGCAGCGCCUCUCUGCCUGGGCGUAAGCGGCUGCACUUCUGGAGUCUUUUGCCUUUACUGCUCCUUAUUCUGGUGUGCCAUUUGAUGGCGCCCUUGGCCACAGGAGCAGCAGCAGCAGCAGCGACAGACGUAGCAGCGGCUGCCGCUGAAGCGGUUUUGAACACAUUCGCAGAAGCUCCCAAAGAGGGGCUGCAGCAGCACUGCAGCAGCAGCAGCAGCGAAAUUGAAGGAUGUGAUGGCACCCAUGGGGCUGGCCGGGUUUCUUUCGCAGCCGAGAGCCAAACAGAAGGUGCGUCAGCAGCAGCAGCAGCAGCAGCAGCAGAAACAAUGAGGAGUCCUCCUGCGUCACCCACAGUGGAUGCCGCCAUUCAGAGGCAGCAACUCUGGCAGCAGCAGCAGCGGUUGGAAUAUCAGCAGCAGCAGCUGCAGCAGGAACGUCUCCGGCUGCAGCAGCGGGAGCGAGACCAGGACGAGCAACGACAACAAAUAGUGGAGCAGCUGCAGCAGCUACAGCAGCAACAGCUACAGCAGCAGCGGCUGAACGCCCGACUUCGGAAGCAGCUGCUCUUGCUGCAGGAGCAGCAGAUACACAACCAGCACCUUCAGCAGCAGCAGGUAUCCGAAAGGCGACGCCAUGCUGUUGUUGUUGCAGACUCACCGUCAGGAGCAGCAGCACGGCACAGAGCAGCAAAGGCGUACAAGAGUCAAGGCCUUAACAGGGGCCGCCGCAGCAAGAAGGAGCAGCAGCUACAGCAGCAACAGCAACAGCAGCAGCUGAAACACUACUUCCUACAGCAGCUGCUGCUGCAGCAGCCACAGCAGCAAGAUGAGGCAGCACUGCAGCAUCUCGUGGACGCCGCGUCCUUCUCUGCCGAUGUGACAACGGACUUGCAGCAGCAGCAGCAGCUCUUGCUGCUUCUGCAGCAACAAGAGGGAAGCUCACCUUUCUGCUGCGGCGUCAGAUCUUGGGACACACAGCAGAGCGACAGCAGCACGGGAGCAGCUGGUGUCCCCAGGUGUGUCUCUAGAGAGCCUUGUGCAGCGCCAGAAGCAGCAGCAGCAGCAGCUGCUGCUGCUGCUUGCUGCGUAGAAGCAGCUGGGGCCCCACAGCAGGUCCCCCAAAGAGAGCGAUGUUUCUCUUUGCCUUUUGGUUCCAAGUGCAAGUCACGGCGCUCCCGGGGUUGCGGUGUACGUACACCGCACAGCAACAGCAGCAACAACAGCCGCAGGAGAGCGCCGGGGGUCAGCAAGAAGAAAGCGAAGAGGCAGGGAGACAGCAGCAGCAGCCGCAGCGCGAGCAGCAGCAGCCGCAAGGCGAGCAGCAGCAGACCUAGCCACUCUUCUCAAACCAGUAGACACCGUAGCAGUAGCGGUAACAACCAAAGAAACAACAGUAGCAGCAGCAGCAGGAGCAGCAGACGGCCUUCCCUUUCUACAGAAUGGCGUCGAGACCAGUCGCCAGUUUUUGUAGAGGGUCGCCACCACAGGGGGCGUUUCGCUGCUGCUGCUGCUGCUUCUGCAGCUGCUGCUGCUGCGCUCGGCGCGCUUCCGGGCUCCAGUGCAGCAGAGACGCCCCGUGCUGCAGGGGGGGCGGCCGCAGCAGAAGCAGAAGCAGCAGCAGCAAGAAGCUUUACCUUCGGCGCUCUGUCGCCGCAGGUGAAAACGACCGAAGUGGACAACAGCAGCGGAGAGGAGUCCAGCGAAGACUUGCUGCCAUAUGGACCGCAGCAGCAGCAGCAGCAGCAAAAGUGGGCGCACCACGUCCAAGAGGAGGAAAUAGUGCUCUCCCCUACUUUGUCUUUAGCCUCGUUGCCAUCCGACACGGACACUGUCGGCAGCAGCAGCGCGAGCAGCAGAGAGCGUGUAGACUAUGGCAGCAACAGCAGCAGAAGCAGCAGCACCGCAAGGGGUGAAGCAGCAGGAAUGCCACUCUCGGGAGCCGAGAGCCUCAUUGUGCUGUCCACCACAGGAGACAUAUUCAGGGUGUCUACAGGAGGAGCAUUUCAGUGGCAGAGGCACUUGGGGACUCCCCUAGCAGCAGCAUACGUUGCGAACAACACCAGCAGCAGCAGCAGCAGCACGACCACCCGGAGCAGCAGCACAAAGGGAAGCACCGUCAGCCCUGGCAAUACCAGCAUGGAAUCCACGGCCUUCUCUUCGCCCCCCAUUGUACUGCCCCCAAAGAGCCCCGAGGCAGCUGCAAGGCCUCAAGGCCCGCUGCAGCACCCGCCAGACCACAGCACAAUGCCCUUUGCUGCUGAAGGUACAGUGACUGCAACUAAAGCAGCUGCUGCAGCUUCUGCAGAGGGCUGCAGUGACUGUGUCGUGCUCGGGGCUGCAGAACCAGGGCGAAUAGACAGCAAUUUGAUCCCUUCAGGGAGCGCAGCAGCAACAGCAGCAGCAGCAGAAACACCGCGGGUUGAGUCGCCCAGCCGCAUGCGGCGGCUACUGCCCGGCUACGACGGUAGACUGUACUUGGUAGAACCUGACGGCACCAUGGUGGCUCUUCAAGUGACAGUGCCUCAAGUGGUGAAUCGGCUGCCUUUCCAGGCGCCUCUGUUUCCGGGGGUUUACUUUGUAGGUCGGAAGGAGGCCAGAAUAAGAGCCCUAGAUCUUGCAACUGGCCUGGAUAUAAAAGGGGAGCGCCUUGAGGCUUUGGGAAAUGAAUCGGGACAGACUGUGGAUGCAGCAGAUGUGCUGCCUGGGGCAGGAGGGGAGACAGGCGGGCGGCAGCAGUUGCUGCUGGCUCAAAGCGUCUGGCAGCUUUGGGCCGUCAGUGCUCAGACUCACGAAAGGCUCUGGGGACUGUCGUGGGUAGAUGUAACGGGGUUUGGAGGGUCCCCACAACUCGGCACCAGCGGCAAAGAAACACGGCUAGCUGAGACCUUGCGUGCAUCUUUGAGGGCUGAGGGUGACUUGCUGUACAUGCUGCAGCGCCACCCUUCGAGCGCUGCUCCUGCAGACGAUCCAGACGCAGCAGCAGCUCCUUUGUUCCUCAAGUUCCCAGCCCCCAUUGCGGCGGUCUUUGCUGUCACCUCGCCGCUGCAGCGGCAGCAGCAGCACACUGACAUCCUCUGGCAGCGCCAAGAGCUCGACGCUCCAACUGCCUACACGCUGCAGUUCAUUGCCCGGCAGCGGAGACCCACAGGCCUCCCUCUCCCACCAGAUCCGUGGAGACAAGUAGCGACCUCGGCAACGGACAGCAGUGAUGGAGCAGUUCCAUUUUACAUCUCGUCGCUGCUUCCGGCUCCGUUGCUGCUACCACCGCUGCAGCUGCCGGAGCAGCAGCAGAUCCAGCAACAGCAGCAACUAGUGUCCCUACAGUACAAAUACCUGCAAGACUUAGCGGGGUCGUCUGCGCUGCAGCGGCCACUGCAGUGGAACCCAACCGAGUGUCCAUUAGAUACGGCUGCAGCAGCAACAGCAGCAGCUGUUGCAGGAGCGUCACCGCUGCUGGGCAGAGCACCGCUGCCUCUAGAGGCCCCACCUGGCUGGCGUCCUUCUAUUGAGGAUACCCCCCAUCAGUUGAGCAGCAGCACCACCAGCCGUGAGCAGCCCGUGAAUGGAGCCUCCUCAGACGUCGAAGGAGGCACAACACCUUGGUGGCCUCAUGCACAGCAGCAGCAGCAGCAGAGGCAGCAGCGGCAGCAACAGCAACAGCAGCAGCAACAACGGCUGCCGUUUGAUCAGCCGCCGAGGCCUUUCAAUCCCAUUAUGUCUCCUGUCCUGAGCAUUCUCAGGCGGUGGGUGCAGCGCGUCUUCCACGCCGACAUGGGGAAACAGCAGCAGCAGCCGCAGCAGCAGCAGCACGGACUCUUGUCUCCAUUGCAGUUGCAUCAACAGGCCUUGUGGCGUAAGCACCGCAACCGCAUACAAAACCAACAGCAACAAGAAGAGGAUCGGCAGCACGAAGAGCAGCAACAAGAGCAGCAGCAGCAGGAAGAAGACAAUGGACUCACAGGCGCAGCAGGAACAAGCAGCAUUUUUGUCUGGAUCGGGUCAGUGUUUGCUGCUCUCUUUAUUGCUCUCAUAUCACAGGCCAGGUUGGGGAGACAGACAAUGCUGCACUCCUUCACACGGCGAUGGCGACACCUACAGCGUUGGCUGAGACGGACUCUGCCGCAGCAGCUGCAGCAGCAGCAGCUAUGGCACCAGCAACAGCAGCGUAGCAGCGGUAGCAGCAGCAGCAGCAGCACGAACUCCAGAGCUGCGCAGUUGCCGGAGCUGGAUGCGCACGGGCCUGGCCACCUGGCAGCUGCAGGAACAGAAACUUCUGGAGCAGCUGCAGCAGCAGAUUCCGGCGACGCCAUUUGGAGCUGCCAAAGUAGCAGCAGCAGAAGGAGCAGCAGCAGCAGCAGCAACGCCACGUCUCGAGCUUCCGACAAAGAAAGAGACAAGGGGGCAGGGAGAGACCGCGAGAGAACCCAAAAUGACUCUCUCACUGAGAAGUCCAAUCUCCUCCGUGCAGCAGCACACGUGCGGAGGCGCCGCACCACAACCACAAGCAGCAGCAGCAGCAGCGCUGGCGAAGACGGGCGGGUGCAGCAGGAAAGAAAGCGCUCUAAGCAUUUCCUGGACACCUCGAUGGCUUCUCCAGCCUCCCCUGUUAAUGCUGCACCGUGGCAUAAUGCUAGCGCUUUGCAGCAACAACAGCAGCUGCUGCAGGAGCAACUGCAGCUGCAGCAGAUGCAGCAGCUGGCCAGUCCCUUGAGGAGGAGGGGCACUGUUGACGUCGGCGACAGCCCUAGAUUCGGAGAUUUCGGAGAAGCAGCAGACUUGUCUUUGGUGUCUCCUGCGCAUCCUUUCGCAGCGGUUUCCUCUCCAGUGCCUCCUUUCCGAGCUGCAGCAGCAGAAACAGCAGCAGCAGCAGCAGCAGCUGCAGGAGACGCGUCGUUGCCGACCUCAGCUCGCUUCGGACGUGGAGCCAUGGCAGAGGAGACGGGGGGCCCCUGGUGGUAUAGGCCUUUGCCGCUCAGGGGCACUUCAGCAGGAGAUGCCCCAGGUUUUAGGCGAGUGGGAAGGUCUUGUGCUUCACUGGAAGAAAUAUUGUUAAGUGCAGCUAGACAGAGACGCGCGUGGGUAUUGGACGUAGGGGUAUCGCCUCUAGCGCCCUUCCCGCUGCAGCAGCAGCAGCAGCAGCAGCAGAGAGGCAGCAGCGCGCAGGUGGAGUCUGUCGGCGUUUCAACUUCAGAUGCCCCGCCCUCAGUUGCCUCGCCUGCUGCUGCCGGGUCAGCCGCUACUAUUAGUUCUACGGGGGUCACUGGGGAGCCCUCGACACUGUCUCCGCCUACACCAGCACUUGCUCCUGCGCCCCCGCCGCCGCCGUCCCCGCAGCAGCAGGUGCAGCAGCAGCUGCAGCAGCAGCAGCAAGACCAUGAGGAGCCCUCUGUGGAGGAGGUAGAGAUAGUGAUAGGGCCCCGUCUGGACACUGUAAGCCUUGAAGACGAGACAGAGGAAUCCGACGGCUCCAGAGCUGUCUCUUUGUCUCCGCCUGUCUCUCCGGGCAUCCCCGCCCGCUCGGCCCUUCUGAAGUUUUUGGAAAACGGGAAGUUUGCGAGAACUUUUAAAAUUGAAAAGCUUGUCGGCAGAGGGGGAUUUGGGACAGUGUACGAGGUGCGCCACCUUCUGGAGCCUGGCCACCCGAUAUAUGCAGUCAAGCUCAUUAGGCUGCAGCUGGCGAGCAGCGAAGACAUAUCACUGAGGCGGGACUUCCGAGAGGUGGCAGCAAACAGAGACCUCUACUCCAAGCAUGUUGUGAGGUAUUACACGUGGUGGUGCGAGGAGCCUCACUACUUGCCCAUAGCGGAGGGGGAGAAAGGCAACGAAAGCAAUCCUCAACAGCAGAAGCGGCAGCAGCGCGGCAGAAAGAAGAAAGUGGCAUCAGCAGCAAAGAAAGACACCCACAGAAGAAGAAGACUGGCUCCUGGAGGGCGGCAGCCUGCGGAGGAGGGCCUUCGGGCUGCGCCUCCCUCCUGGAGAAACAGGAGAGGCACAGAUGAGGGUGACGCAGUCUUGACUUCAGCCAGAAAGAUCCUGAGAGGGGCAGCGCUGGGCUCUCGCCGUUCGGGUUGUGUGUCUGAGGACGACUAUGCGAUUUCGCGAGGGCGGAAGACAGCAGCAGCUGCUGCAACCGCUGCAGCUGCUGCAGCAGCAGCUGCUGCUGGCAUCGCUCUCCAGAAAGACGUUGCAGGGGACGAAAGCGACACGGAAGACAACGCUCAGUGCACGCAUGUUGCUCGGGAGAGCGGGAGGAUGAACAGUUGCAUGCGGCUGAAGCAGCAGCGGCUGCUUGAGGCGAACCCGAAGCUUCGCCGCAUCGCCUCGAGUCCUGCGGUGUCUUGCAGAGGCAGAGACCUCGGUGGAGGCAUUUUGGAGCCGCCGGCGCAGCAGCACCAGCAGCAGCCAGGCCGCCCCUUCGCGCAUUUAGAAGGGACUCGCAGGGACUUGUUUUGGGCCAUGCGGCUGCCUCCGCUGCCUGCUGUUCUCCGAGGCUUCGCGCGGCCCCGGCAGGCUUCUCUGAGCGACGCUGAGGGUUUGCUGCCGCAGCAGCAGUCGCCCCUGGGCGUUGGCUGGCGGCUGCAGCACCGCAGCCUGACUGCGGAGACAGAGCCGAGCUGCUUCGGGAGUUCUUCUGCUUCCGCCUGUCUGGCCUGGAGAGGAAAGGGCGGGUCGUGGAGGCUGCCGGCGCUGCCUGCUGCUGCUGUGGCCGCUGGCCUGAGCUCUCCUGACAGGCUUUCUUUGCACAGGAGGAGACAGAGCGAAAGCGAAUGCAGCACCCGGUCAGUGCAGCGAAUUGAGGCGGCUCUGUGGCGCGGCGACGCGGCUGACGGCGCCUGGAGGCUUAGGAGAAGGCGCCGCGCUGCUGCUGCUGCUGCUGCCGCCGCUGCUGCCGCUGCUGCUGCUGCUGCUGCUGCCGGCAGUAGGCACCAUUCCAGCGGCAAAAGCCCAGAAAAUGGACUAAAGGGACAGUUGCGCCGGGAAUCGGACGCUAGUAAAGACAGCGCAGGCCUGCUCUCCGUGGUGCAGCAGCAACAGCAGCAACAGCCGAAGCGGAAGGGAACCCAACAGCAAACAGACGUGUGGAGCGAUGAUGAGCUGUGGUCAGCAUACCUAAGUGAUGACGAGAGGGACCUUAUUGUUUUUCAAGACGAAGUGUCCGAUAUAGAAGUGGAAGCAGCUGAAGAAGCAGAGUCUCCACAGGAACUGCAACAAGAGAAGCAGCAGCACUUGCUGCUACAAGAGAAACAGCAGCAGCAGCAGCAGCAGCAGCUCAUGCACCAGCUUGUUGCUGCACGCGAUGAAGAACGCAACCCACAAAAGGAGAAGAGAGGCGGCAAAGGCAAGCAGCAGCAGCAACAGCAUCAGCAAUUGGGGCCCCUAUACCCGGUUGUUCUUUUGAUUCAAAUGGAGAUGUGCACAGGUCUUACUCUGAGGGCGUGGCUGGACAGGUCAGAGAGACUCUCUUUUGAUGAUGACAGCGCUUUGGGCCGUUGGCCUCUGUUGGAGUUGGAUUUAUUUAAACAGCUGAUUAAAGGUAUUCGAGACAUACACGAAAGAGGCAUAGUGCACCGGGACCUGAAGCCGGAAAACAUCUUUGUGGACCCUCAGUCGCACGUUUUGAAGAUAGUUGAUUUUGGGCUUGCUAAGUUUAUUCAGAGAAAGACAGCUACACAAAUCGCAGAGGGUGCUGACCCUGCUGCUACUGGUGCCGUCGUUGCUGCUGCUGGGGACUCAACUGUCUCACUUGAUCAGCAGCAGCGCUCGAUGCUGCACGCCGCGGCGUCUUCGCAAGAGAAGGGCCUGACGAAGCCUAUUUUCUUUGACAUGUCGUACAAAGGGGAAGUGAUUGGUACCCCUGCGUACGCGGCCCCUGAGGGUGGCGGUCUAUGCGACGAGAAGGCCGACAUAUACUCCAGCGCCUUGAUUUUGCUCGAACUUUUGUGUCCCCGUUUUACAACAGUGAUGGAAAGAGUAAAGACGCUCGAAGCUUUUAAACGAUACUACCAUGUGCCGCAGCACGUGGCUACUUAUCAAGGGUGCUGGAGGGACUUAAUGCUUGAAAUGGCUCGACCAGACCCACAAGAUAGGCCUUCAGCCAACGAGGUGCUGAGGCGGGUUAAGAACCUCUUGGCCAGCGCAGCAGACGGGGGCGGCGAGCACACAUCGUCUUCAGCCUUCAUAGGAGACAGAGGCACCACCAGCAGCACCACCACAACCCCAGCCCUUAGGCCCCCCAGCAGCACUUCUCUGUCGCUAUCCCAGGCCCAAGCCCCUCACAGUCUGGACCCUGUGGGUGCAGCAACGGUGCCGACUGCGCUUGUGGCAGCAGCUGCAGCAUCAACACCGACAGCAGCCCUGGAAGAGGCAGCAGCUCAGCCUGCCAAUGAAACGCGGCAGCAGACCCAGGAGACACUUCCUACGAAAGACAGCGGGAGUGGGGUUGCCUUGCUGCUGCCUUCGGCAGCAGCAGGUGGAAAGCAGUAG